AGCCCCAAGAGGGGCCACGACGGUCAAGGAAGACGACACGGCGCCGUCGUCGCGCCCGCGGUACCAGAGGUGGGGGAGGAGAGCGUGAGUAUGCCAGAACGACCGCUACAAGGGCAGCGCAAUGGCCGGGUCGUGGCCUCGAGGGAGAGGGUCGACAGCACGCCGUCGCGCAAGGAUAAGAGUAGAGAGUCCCUGGCCGUGCAGGAUCCAGGAUUGAAGGACUACCGUCUGGGGGAGUGCAUAGGCAAAGGCGCGUUCGGCGCUGUCUACAAGGCUUUCAAUUGGGGGACGGGCGAGGCUGUUGCCGUGAAGCAGAUUCGUCUGGGCGAUCUCCCCAAGAGCGAGCUGCGCAUGAUCGAGAGUGAAAUUGAUCUUUUGAAGAACCUCUUGCAUGCCAACAUUGUCAAGUACAUUGGCUUUGUCAAGACCACCGAGUGUCUGAACAUCAUUCUAGAGUAUUGCGAAAAUGGCUCCCUACAUUCGAUAUGCAAGGCCUACGGCAAGUUCCCCGAGAACUUGGUAGGCGUCUACAUGACUCAGGUCCUUCACGGUCUCCAGUACCUCCACGAUCAGGGUGUCAUUCACCGCGAUAUAAAGGGUGCCAACAUCCUCACCACCAAGGAUGGAACCGUCAAGCUGGCCGACUUUGGCGUCUCCACGAGCACGCUGGCUAGCGGCCAGGAUAAGGAAGCUCAGGUGGUCGGCACGCCUUACUGGAUGGCCCCCGAGAUCAUCCAGCUGUCCGGCGCCAGCUCGGCCUCGGAUAUCUGGAGCGUCGGAUGUACCGUCAUUGAGCUCCUCCAGGGGAAGCCCCCGUACCACAACCUGGCUGCCAUGCCCGCCUUGUUUGCCAUCGUCAACGACGACCACCCGCCGCUCCCGGAGGGCAUCUCCGCCGCCGCCAGAGACUUCCUGAUGCAGUGCUUCCAGAAGGACCCCAACCUCCGAGUCACGGCCCGUAAGCUCCUGAAGCAUUCCUGGAUCGUCGGAUGCCGCCGCGCCGAUGUCCCCGUCUCCAAGGCGCCCGACAACUUUACCCAGGCCGUCGAGGAGGUGAAGCAGUGGAACAAGGCGCUCGAGUCCUCGGAGCCCAACCUGCGCGCCUCGUCGGGAUCGGAGAGCGCAGCGUCGGCAUUGCGGUACCAGGGCGGCACGCCUGCAAAGGGCCCGCUGAGCCUGGCAAAGCCCAAGCCCGGCGCCGAGGCCUUCAUGGUGCCGGAGAUGGCCGACGACGACAACUGGGACAACGACUUUGCCACGUCAAUCUCCCCGAGUGCGCUGCAGCUGCCCCACCUCAAGGGCCAGGACAACUUUGGCGGCCUGCUCUCGAGCGACAGGCUCAAGUCGUUUGCGUACGCCAACGAGGACAGGAACGGUGGCGGAAACAGCUGCGAUGACUCUUUUGAGGGCGAGCUCAUGACCAUCAGGGGCCCCAGCUUCUACCGAGAUUUCGACUCCCAAGAGAAGACGAUACGCCCGACGCGGGGGCAGGCGGAUAGGCUGAUGGAGCCCUCGCCGCGCUCCCACCGCCGCACCAAGUCGAGCCUCGAUCAGCCCUAUCGCGGACCUCACCAGGGCAGGUCCCCGCCUAAGCCAUCCUUUGGCAAGUUUGAGCUCCCGUCGCGCCCGGAUGUGGUGUACCGCGAACAGAGCAUCGAGGACUUUUCCGACUUGUUCAUCGACAACGACAGCGUGUUUGACCAGAAGCCAAACCAGGCCGCGAGAAAGGUCGACCCCCCCCGUCUAUUCCACCCGUCCGACCUCACGAGCCUACCUCGGUCCAUGCAGGCGCCCGACAGCGGCAGUCUUCGGAAGAAGGUGGCACCCCGACCGUCGGUGCUCCCGGACAAGCCCCUGCAGCGGGCGCGGUCGUCGAUCGAGAUUCAGAAAUUUGCCGAGGACGACGACGAGGACUUCUCCGACGUGUUUGGGCCCGACAGCACGGGGCUGGAGAAGGAGGAGAGCGAGCUGGGAUCCGAGGACGGCAAGCUCAUGCUGUCCCAGAUGUCGAGCAACUCGUGGCUGGGCGACGACGGAGACGAGGACGACCCCUUUGCAUCCAUGGACCCCGGCUGGGACGAGAUGGACCUCGAGGCGAACAUUGCCAGGGACAGACAUGCUCGCCUGGCGGAGAAGGUUGAGUCGCUUGUCAGGAAUUUGAAGUUCUCAGAGGGGGAGGAGGAGCUCUCGGAGCUGUCUGAGGAUCUGCUUGGCCUGCUCUGGGAGAAUCACGAGGCCAAGAACAUGAUUCUGAGCGCUCAUGGGUUGCUGCCUAUUCUAGAAAUCCUGGAGCCGUGCACGGUCAAGAGCAGUCAGUUUAUGAUUCUGCAGCUUCUCAAAGUCGUCAACGCGAUCAUUCUGGACGACGUCGAGAUCCAGGAAAAUCUGUGUUUCGUCGGUGGCAUCCCCAUCAUUACUAAAUUCGCGGCACGGCAAUACUCCAACGAGAUCCGAUUGGAGGCGGCAGCCUUUGUGCGGCAGAUGUACCAGACGUCGACGCUGACACUGCAGAUGUUUGUGUCGGCGGGUGGUCUGAACGUGCUGGUGGAGUUUCUGGACGAGGACUACGACAGCGCGCGGGACCUGGUGCUGAUCGGGGUCAACGGCGUCUGGAACGUGUUUGAGCUGCAGGGCCCGACGCCCAAGAACGACUUCUGCAGGAUAUUCUCGCGCAGCAAGAUCCUGUACCCGCUGGCGCUGGUGCUGCACCGGGUGCUGGACGAGGAGGGCGAGGAUGAGCUGGGCGAGCUGAUAGAGGGCCGCAUCGUCAACAUCUUCUACCUCUUCAGCCAGGCGGAGAACUACGUCAAGGAGGUGGUGGCGGACCGGCAGGUGCUCAAGAGCGUGCUCAAAGACCUGCGACGGAUGACGCCCAUGCACCAGAUCACGAUGCUCAAGUUCAUCAAGAACCUGUCUAUGCUGUCGACGACGUUGCAGGUGCUGCACUCGGCCGACGCGAUCGAGUUCCUGAUCGACCUGCUCAGCUUCAGCCUGAAGAAGGGUCCCAGGCACUUCCGGGAGAUCUCGAACCAGGUGCUCACGACCUUGUUCAACCUGUGCCGGCUCAACAAGGAGCGGCAGGAGGAUGCGGCGGUGGGCGGCAUCAUCCCGCUGCUGCUGCGGACCCUCAAGACGGACCGCCCUCCCAAGGAGUUUGCGCUGCCGAUCCUCUGCGACAUGGCGCACUCGGGAUCCAAGGGCAGACGGUACCUGUGGCAGAACAACGGGCUGGCGUUCUACGUGUCGCUUCUGACGGACCAGUACUGGCAGGUGACGGCGCUCGACGCCAUCCUGAUCUGGCUGCAGGAGGAGACGGCCAACGUGGAGUCGCACCUGAUGGACGGAAACUUUACGCGCGCCAUCGUGGGCUGCUUCGGCACGAACCGUCUCAACGCGUUCGACUCGAACCUGCUCGAGCCGCUGCUCAAGCUGCUGCGGCUGAGCCCGUCGAUCGCGGCGUCGCUGGCCCGACCGGAGAUGUUCGCCGGCAUAGCGCAGAGGCUGGGCCACAAGAAGGCCGUCGUCAGGCUGAACCUGCUCCGGCUGGUGCGCAUCAUCAUGGACGCAGCCGGGCCGGGGCUGGGCCGGGGCGACGGGUCCCAGACGCUCAACACGGCGCAGGUGCGCGUGCUCAUGGAGUCGAUCCAGGUGCUCGCCGAGGCCGACUCGGCGGUGCUGGUGCGCAACCUGGCCUCCGAGCUGGUUCGGCUGCACAUCGGCGGCGGCAACUCGGCCAUGCUGAUGCUGCACGACGGGGUAUCGUCACCGGGUCUGGCGGCCCCCUCGUCGGCGUCGUCGGCGUCGUCGUCGUCGUCGUCGACGCUGUCACUGCAGCAUCAGCAGACGGGGGGGCCGGCGACGUCGGUGUCGCGGCGGAUGUCUAGGAGAAACACGAGCUACACACCUGCGGCAUUCCACCACCCGCAUCGUCAUCACGCGCCGUCGGCGUCGCAACCGCAGACGCCGACGCACAGGAGGAGCAGGGCUAGCCUGGCGACCAACGGGCCCAUCGUCGAGUCUGCCGUGUCGGCCAGCCCGCGACGGUCGACGGCGGCGCUCGAGAGAGAAGGAUCGAUAUACCGUCCCCGCAGCCGGGACGGGCCCACGGGUCUGCCUAGACGGGUCAACCCGGCCAUCACGGCGACGUCGGCGGCGGCAGAGAGCAGACUGCCGAGAUCGGCCACCCCUCCGGUCCUCCAUAGUCGGGGCAGCCGUCCGGUACUGCGGGAGAUGACGACGCCGACGUCUCCCAGGCCCAGGCCUACGACGCCUGUGGUCACGUCGGCGGGUAACACGAGGAUGAGCAACAAGGAGCAUCCGUCGGUGGCGUCGUCAUCAUCAGGGUCCAGACCGACGACGAGCAGCAGUAACGUUGGG